UUAAGAAGCAAAACAUCACUAUCAUACAUGAAUCGGUACUCAAUGAGAGCUCAUGUUCAGUUUCUUGUUGUUUUGCUCUCAGUUUCCCUGUCUAUAUUCUCUCCUCUCCCUCCUCCUGUGUCUCAGUUUGCUGGCUAGAUACGUAGAAUUGCUGCUGCUUCUUCAAUGGCUCAAAUUGCGCUUAUUGCUCCUGCAGCAACUGUUAUACCUAUUAUUACUGGCAUGUAGGGGGAAACAACAAAAACUAUCAUAUGCUGCAAGAAGAAACAAAGUGAGUUUAGCAUCACUGGUUCCUAGUUGGAGGCUUGAAAGGGUUCCAAGGUUAGCCUUAUCAAAUAAUAAUAAUUCAGGCGAUGAUAGAAAGACAAGUGUCGUGGUGAAGGUAUCUGAAGGAGGAGCUAUCUCUCUCCCUCAUGGUUGGUCAGCACAAAAGGAAGAAGAAGAAGAUCAAAUCUCAGAAGGGUUAAAAAAAAUGAAGGGUUCGAACAACCGGUUCUUCACGGUGGGGUUGGUGGCGGCGUGGUACUCCUCCAACAUUGGCGUGCUUCUCCUGAACAAGUACUUGCUCAGCAACUACGGCUUCAAGUACCCAAUCUUCCUGACCAUGUGCCACAUGACGGCGUGCUCGUUGUUCAGUUACGUCGCCAUAGCGUGGAUGAAGGUCGUGCCUUUGCAGACCCUUCGAUCCAAGGUGCAGUUCUUCAAGAUCUCUGCUCUCAGCCUCGUUUUCUGCGUCUCCGUUGUCUUCGGGAACAUCUCUCUCCGCUACCUCCCCGUGUCGUUUAACCAAGCCAUUGGCGCCACCACGCCCUUCUUCACUGCCGUUUUUGCCUACCUUAUGACGUUCAAGAGGGAGGCUUGGCUCACUUACCUCACGCUUGUUCCUGUUGUUACUGGAGUCAUCAUUGCAAGUGGGGGGGAACCGAGUUUUCAUCUGUUUGGAUUUAUUAUAUGUGUUGCGGCUACGGCUGCAAGGGCUCUUAAAUCAGUGCUACAAGGGAUUUUGCUUGCUUCCGAAGGAGAGAAGCUGAAUUCUAUGAACCUUCUGCUUUACAUGGCUCCAAUGGCUGUGGUUUUCCUUCUUCCUGCAACACUUAUAAUGGAAGAGAAUGUGGUUGGCAUCACGUUGGCUCUUGCCAGAGAUGAUUCCAAGAUCAUUUGGUAUCUGCUGUUUAAUUCGUCACUUGCAUAUUUUGUCAACCUGACCAACUUUUUGGUCACUAAACAUACCAGUGCUCUGACCCUUCAGGUACUAGGAAAUGCCAAAGGGGCAGUAGCAGUAGUAGUUUCAAUUCUAAUAUUCAGAAACCCAGUGUCAGUCACUGGAAUGAUGGGUUACUCACUCACAGUCUUUGGAGUUAUACUCUACAGUGAAGCCAAAAAGAGAAGCAAGUGAUACUAAUUCAUCAUUCAUGCUCUCAGCAGCACUGAAAGGACAACCUUUAAUUAUACCCUACAACAACUACAACAUUUUAGUUUUCAUUACUGCGCGCAGUCAACCUCAAGAUUUCUGGAGAAAAAUUUGUUUAGCAUGCCAGUCAUCAGAAUCCAGAUUUUUCUCACUCUAAUAUACAUUUUUUUACCCACACGUCAGGCCUCAUUGAACGAGUUCCUCAUUGUAUUAGCAACGAUGCAGAAAUAGCCCACAGGACAAGAGUUGCAAUAAGUGAUGUCUGUCUACUUUACCCAUGUUAUAGGAUAGUUGAGAACUUUUUGUCAUUUAUUCUUGGAGGAAAGAGUUGUAAAAUUGGAUAUCUACACAUCUAUUGUUCAACACUAUUUACAUCGUUUAUUAAUGAUAGAAUUCAUACUUUUGCCCA